UAUUAUAAAAUGCGGUUUUUAAGAACACUAGAUUAUCAUUACUAACCACAAUUGUUAUUUGUUUUAGACCCACAGAGCACGGAAGCAUCAUGUUACUUUCCACAAGAAUUUCAAGGGGAAUUUAUAAUGCAAAGUCCCCCAUCACCACAGAACCUUAUGAUGGGAACGGGAAUACAAUACAGUACUCUCAAUAUCACUGAAAAUUCAAUACCAAUUUGGGGAAAUUGUCACCGCAGGAUCGGAAACAAUUUCAUACUGAUGUUCAACUAUAGUGAAACACUAUGUGUAAGAUGUUUGCUCUUGAAACUAAGAUCUUCAAAUGUUUUGCAAAUCUUCGUUGCUACAGAAGAAACAAUAUCAAAAUGCUUUACAAAUGAAAAAGCUGCAGAAGAAAACUGCCCUUCAGAAGAUACUGUAGUAACACGAGAAGCCGCAGAAAUAUUGCUCUUCAAAAUUAAAGAUAAUUUUGGAUUAACAACAGAAAGGCAAUAUUGUCCUAUAGAUGGAAAUUACAUUGUAAACUACAAGGGCACUGCCCAGAAGCGGGCUAAUGAAUGUAGAGGUUACGAUUCUAUACUCAAUUCAUGUCCAUCAGGGUCUACUUUAAAUUUUAUGCUAAGAAAUUGCACAUUCAAAGGUUAUGACAUGAAAUUUGAAUGCCUUGGACACUGGAAAGGAAUAGACGAUGAAACUUUUGUCAUUUUUACUGAUAGUAGAUAUAUGUCCAAUCUUAGACCCAAAUACAGAUGUGCCGUUUAUCGACAAGAUCCAAAAACUAAUAAAAUACAGAUGGCUUUGAGUAGAGAUUCAACUUGCACGACUGACCUUUACAAUACCACUAGUGGUUUCGAAACAUUCUCAUUGGUACCAAGAGUUGAGAGACCUUGGCCAGUUGAAGUAUCUUUUGAAAUGUGUAGCUUUCCUCAAUGGAUGUAUGGUGAUUGGGAACACCUAAAAAUUAGAUCAGACACCAUAUUGUACAAAGACCAUAAUUCCUUUAAAACUCAUACUAUCAAGUGUGCAGGUGUAUUAGAGGAUAGCGACAAGUAUAUUAUCUUCAGUAGAACUCAGUGUGAAGAAGAAUCUUAUAAUUGUCUAAGGAUAGCAAAUAGAGGAAAAAAUAUAUUAGAGUUUCAACUUGGUAUGAAUGCAAGUAAUAACAACGAUGAUGUUUACGCUUUAUGCGCCGAUGAAAACUUUAAAUCUGAUGCUUGGAUAACCCAAGGACGAUUGGAAAUACCUCCUGGCCUAUCAACUGGAAUGUGUCCCAUCACUGGGGAAUAUACAGGAAGGAUUCCAGAUGCCACAGACUUAUGUACUAAGCUAUGGUCAGAUUGCAGAGCUCCCGAACUUAUGUACUAUCAGGUAUCUCAUUGUGAAACUGAAGAAAUCUAUGAAGAAAGGGAGUAUCAAUGUUUGGGUCAUUGGAGAGAAAGGCAUCUAUUAUACACCUACACCGAAAGGAAAGAUGUAGCUGCUGGUACCUAUGAAUGUUUUGUAGGAUCGAUUAUCACGGAAAGUGAAAUUUAUAUUAAAGAGGCUGGUGAGCACUGCCAAAGAACUGUCGAUCCAUUAAGAUAUGGAAUGAAACUUUUAAAGAAACAACCGUUGUACUCUUGUAUAGAAAGAAAUACUACUCCUAAGCAUAUUCAAAGAACAACGACUAGAUCACCUACUAGACGUACAACUAGUUACGUCUCUAAAAGUACAACCAUUAUGUCUGAUAUCGGUGAGUACCUUUUAAAUAUAUUACAUGGUAACUACAAAAAUCGAUUUUCUUUAUUAUUCUUUAUUCUUUUUACUUAUGUCUGCAUAGUGCCUAUAUAUAUAUAUAUAUAUAUAUAUAUAUAUAUAUAUAUAUAAUAUAUAU